UUUACAGAGCAACGUGGGUGACAACACAUCCAUGGCAGGAUAGUGCAUAAAAAAACUCACGUCAGUGGUAAUUGUUGUUUGUAUAUAACAAAAUGGGUAAAAAGCGGCGCAACGACGAGUCUGCUGAGUCAGACACUCCGCGGAAAAAAGAAACGAUUCCGGAGUUCAAUGGGACAGUUUUUAAAGCCAUGCUGAAGGACCCGACCACAGCCAUGAAGGGACUGGAGAAGUUUAUAUCGACCGCUAAGAAGUUGCCACGGUCCGACCUGUACGAUGUGGUUGAAGGUUAUAUUAAAAUCUCCAUGGAGUGUGCAGAGAUCUUCAAAUUGCUCGAAGGAGAAAAACACGUAGAGAGUGAGAUGAUGCUGAUUUUUGGGAGCCUGGAGGCGAUCCUUCUAAGGACAGCCAGUGACCUCUCCCAUUUCAACAUGGUUGGCAAUGCCAUUGUGAAGAAGACCGUUUUCAGCUACAUGAAACUCCUGCAGGGGUCUUUCCGUUCAGCAAACCACAGGUUUAUCCGCCAGUGUCUCGGUCUUCUGUGCGCCUUGGUCACCCAGGGUCCAGAAGCUGCCAGAGAGGUCUUAAGUCACCUUCACAUUAACAAAUUUCUGUCUGGAUUGGCAAAGAUGAAGGAUAAGCAGGGUAGACCUGAUGUCCGCCAGGCUUUUAUCCAGUUUGUGCUCUCUUUCGUGGUGUCUGGUGAUAACGCAACAGUCGGACAAAUAUUAGAAAUCAAAGAACUCCUGCCAGUGAUCCUGAAUACAGGUCUGAAGGAGGACCGGAUGUCCACAGUCAACCUGAUUUUGUCCACAUUGAAAACUAAAGUUGUUCUAAACAAAGCCAUCAGUAAAACACAGAAAGUACGUUUCUUCACACCUGCUGUGUUGGCCAGCAUCGCGUCGCUGUAUAAAUGGAAUGGGAUUGCAGAUGCAACCGUGGAUGAUGACAGAAUGUCGGAAAACACUGAGCUUUCUGGGAUGACAGUCAUCCGGGAACUCGCUCACAGUUUCCUUCUUGAUCUGUGUUGCUCCCGUAAGCAUGGUAUCAGCUUUCAUGAUGUCAGCUUUGGCACAGCUGGCAGGCCUGGUAACAUUGUUUUGCUCCAGUUUUUGGUGGGGCUGAAGCAGGCGACUGAGGAUGAACUGGUGGCAGAUCUGGUGGUGAAUGUGCUGAAAGCUACCCCCGAUAUUUUGUCCAGAUACUUCAAGGAGACUCAGUAUGCAUAUGCUCCGCGCCUCAAAACUACUUGGCAAGACAAUGUGAAGCUUCUUAAAAAGAUCUACGAGGCCCAGCCAGAGAUUUCCACAGUCUUUCAAACUCAGGAGGUCAUCCCUCUGCCUCGCUUGCUCUCCAUGGUGAUGGUGAUAUCUCUUCCUCCAGUCUGCAACAAGAGCUUCUUCACACAGGGCCUUAUUCUUGCCAAUACAGGAGCACACCUUACAACCCUGUCGGUGGUCAAUUUCAUCUUGAAAAGAGCCAGUAAGAACAUAGAGUAUCUUUUGGAUAAGUCUGUGUGGUGCAGCUCAGACCUAUACACUGCUGAGAUGAUGGAGGAUUUAGUGCAGCAGUACAGGGAGAUGCUCGGCAAGAUUUUGCCUGACAUGACAAGCAUAAUUGAAAAGUGGCAGUCACUUAGCAAGAAGGAAAAAGCUGGCUCUGAAGAAAAGAAGGAUAAAAGCGAAGGGGAUGCUAAACUGACUAAAUGCAAAGUGCCUGCUGAAGAUACAGCUGAGGUCAUUUUGCUGAAGGCUCUGAUUCUUCAGGUCCUAUGCCUUUACCAGAAAGUGGUGCCGCAUCUGGUUAGCCAGUGCAAAUUUGACUUCAGCAAGCUUUUAAAGGGCAUUGUGUCAGAGAAAGGAAUAAAGGAUGAAGUCCCCCCAGUUUUGCAGCACCACGUACUGCAGUUGGCCUUGGAUCUUCCCGCAAGCAAAUUCUCCUGGUUCCGUAUGCAGGGUGCUGCAGAUAAAGAUUCAUCAUCUGGAGAGAAAUCUGUAUUUUACCUGCUUCUCAAGAUGUUUGUGAGCAGCAGCAGCAGCCACCUGAAAGCCUCCACACAGAUGCUUGUUCUAAAAGUACUAAAGGACACUGGUGUGUUCGAGCACACCUGGACUGAGCUUGAGCUCUGGCUUGAACAGCUGGCCAGACUAGAGCCAAACCAGCAAGAAACUGUUAUUCAGUUCUUGGAGCGGGUGUUGGUUAAACUGGUGUGCAGCUCCUAUGAAUACACAGAUAAAGUGGCCAGCCUGGUCCAGGAAGCAGGUUAUCUGCAAGCGAAUCUGAGUAGCCAGGAGGGUGACACAGCCAGUGUCCCAGUUUCUCACAUAGAUGAUGUCAUAGACAUGCUCGAUAUCAUUAUGGAGGCCAGUGAUGGUGAGUUGGAGGAGUUCGGCCCAGCUGUAAGUGAAGAUCUCAUCAUGCAAACCUUCCCCUUCAGUGCCCUGGUACCCGCUGCCCUGGAGGCCCGAAACAAGCUGCCAGCAGAUAGUGGGAUGGUAUAUGAAUACUUGGCUGCAGUGCUCUCAGAUGUGCUGCACUGUCAGAGAGAGCCGCUCCCUCUCUGUCUGGCUCUGCUGCAGUACGAUAAAGAGUUUGUCUCCUCUGAAUGCUUUACCUCUCCUCAUUCAGCCAUUGUAUGUUUUCAUCAGUAUUACUCCAAGUGGCUACCACAGCAGUGCCGUGAAGAAUUGUUCCGGUCUUCUGAAUGCCAUGCAAAAGGAUUAUCAGAUCAAACAUCAUACACUGCACUGAUGAAAGCUGCCUACAUCCAAGGUCCGGACACUUUGCUUAAGGAUACCUUUAGGAAAAGUGCAGAAGAAGCUUUAGCUUCCCUUUCUCUGGCAGAGUUUCCAGUUGCAAUCAAGCAGAUAUUACUCUACAUCAGAUCAACUGUGGAAAACUUUGGACUGUUCUCUAAAGACGUAGGAGCUUCCGUGUUGAGGACCUUCAUGGAAAUACUCGAAAAGAUGGUGAUCAAGCUCCAAGGCUUUCAGGAGGCAAAAAACUCUGAACUAGCUGUAGAGAAAUGCCAAGAAGGACCAGACCUCUUUCUGGAACUUAACCAGUCCUCCACGGUUGAAGUUAAUAUUCAGCAGAUCCUUCUUUCAGCUCUUGGCUCCGUCUUCAAGCAUCCAUAUCUGGAGCAGUGGUUUCUGGCUCUGGAGCUAUCUGCCAUGCCUCCUCACUCUCUAAACCCUGUCAGACUUAAGCACUUGUGUUCACUGAUGACAGAUAAUAUUCUGGUCCUCCUGAAGCUCUGUGCCCCUGUUCUUCAAGAACUAAAUCAUCUAGAGCUUCUGAGGAGCUACAUGGGAGCUUUAGAAAGAGCUGCUCUUCAGGAAUUGGUGGAGAAGGGCUCUAAACCGGCAAAGAAACACUCCAGAACUUUCCAGGGCCUCCUGUCUCUGCACAACUACAUGGAUUCCGGUAAUUUGAGGGAAGUUGUCUCCAAGUUGCUUCUCCUCCCACACAACAGCCUCAUCUCCCCCAGUAGCAGUAAGGGGGCAAAUUUUGAGCUCAGCAUUUACGGUCAGGCAGCUCUACAGAUCCUCACAGAGUGUAAAUAUACGGCCUCCCAGGACCAUGGCACAUUUCUGACACAGGCACACCUCUUUGGUCUGGGCACCCUGCUGCUGUCCUGUUCCAAGCCUGCACUGGAGGCAUUCUUGCUCCAGUUUCUAUCCAGUGAGCCAAGCAGUGCAAAACUCCUCCACACAGAUGUGCUGUUGCACUGUCUCCAAAGACCACUCUCAGACUCUCUGGCUAUCAGCUCUCUCCUGCUGCAGAACUGCUCCACUCACCGGCUCCGGUUUGAGAUGUGGUGUCUUGAACCUGAAAACAUGGAGAAGCUUUCUGACCAAUCGGAAGCCUUCCUUCCACUGAUUAAUAUGUACUUACGUGUGGCAAGCAGAGAGGACCCAGCCAGACCCAAAGAUGUGCAAAAAGACAUUUUGAAAGCCUUGAAGCAAGGGUUACUCGCCAAGUUCUCCCAGUGUGUUCUGGGAAACCUGACAGAAGAGUCCGGAGCCCAGCUUACGGAAACUCUAGGCAGUUUGAUAAAGCUCUCUGCAAACAGCAAGGACAUCGGGGAUUUGAUCAACAGUCUUCCCAGUGCUCUUCAAAAUGUGGACAGUUUUGAAAGAUGGCAACUAGUAGAUGUUAUCAGUGACAAGCUGGCUGAUUGCCCAGAAGAACAGGAAAAAUGGAGGAAGUCUGUCGCCACUGCAGCUAUCAAGUGUCUCAUUGCCUCUUACAGUCACUCGAAAGAUCAGGCUACUUCCCCAUUAGAGCAGGAGCACAGCAUCUUAAAAAGACUACAGCGAGUGCUAAUAUCCAAAGAAGACAUCACUGCAUCUGAGUGGAACAAUUUUGUCAAAAAUGGACUAAAAUAUCGCUACAGAGAUCACCACUUCCUGAACACUCUGAGCAGCCUGUUGGAAGUGAUGUAUUGUGGCACUGAGGUUCAAAAGGACCUGAUACCUUUACCCACUCUUUACACAAUGAUCUCCAGCCAUUCUCUGUUCCUGCCCACCAUGCUGGACUCUGAAGAGGCUAACAGCUGCCAGAUUAAAGAAGAGUUGGUAUUCCUCCUACUCUGUCUGGUGAAGAAAAGCCCGAGUGUCUGCAACAUCAAUCAUUUUGUUGUACUUUUGGGAGCAUACGGAGCUACGCUGAGUACUUCAGAUCAAAAAUUGUUGCUGCUUCUUCAGGAAUAUGAAAGAAACCAAGUCAGCCUGCUGAAGUUCCAGUCAUUGUUGUGGGGCCCAAUAGCAGUGGAGCACCACAAGACCAGUAAAAGCCUGGGAGCUUCUCUGUGGAAGCAGACCAGCUCAGAUGACCUGUUGGCUCUCCUCAAACCUGACAAGAUGUUGCAAACUAUUGCACACUUUCCACAGCAGUGCAAAAUCAUCCCGCAGGAAAGCACGGAGCCACUCUACAAUAAUAAUAAAGUGAAAGACCUUGGGAAUUUGUAUGAUCCGUGUUUUCUGUUGCCUCUGUUCAGCGCCAUAUUGCGGCCAGAAUGUGUUAUUGACUGCCUGAAGUUUGUAUCCAGCCACGCUCUUGGAGUAACUGUAAUGGCUCUGAGUAGCUAUGAUCCAAAGGUGAGGGCGGCAGCGUACCACGUGCUUAGCUGCUUCUACCAACAUCUGGAGGGUGCUCAGUUCAGAGAAAAGAGACAGCUGCUCUACUUGAUGGACAUGGUAAAAAAUGGAAUUCAGCAACAGAAUCAAAGACUCCCAUUUGUCAUGACCACUUACAUCACCAAAGUGGCUCAGCAGAUGCUCAAACCUGAGGACCACAUGUACGUGGUGCUGAACAGAUUUCUGCUAUCCCACCAGAGUUUGGACUUCAGAAGAGUCCCUGAGUUUUUUAAGCUUUUCUACAGUUUUGACUUGGAGCACAAGGUGGAACGUGAGUGGAUUCUAAGCGUGCUGGAGCAAGGGAUGAAAGAUGGACACUGCUAUGACCUGUGCAACCAGCAAGGCAUCUUUCAGAUCCUUUUAGGCUUCAGCAGCAGCCCUCUGUGUGAUGAACACUUCCAGGCACAGAUCAUCAGGGUGUUGUGUCAGGCUGCUCGUGUGACCAAAGCGGCGCAUAACCUCACCAAGACCUCUGGGCUCCUAACCUGGAUAAUGCAAAUAGUUGAAAAAAGGAAUCUGGAUUGGCAGCUGCUGUGCGCCAUCAUCGAUCUGUUUCAUGUGCUGUGGUUUACGGCCCUCGGGCAGAAGGAGAAGCAGGUGGAUGAAGCAAAGACCUCCUUAUCUGCUGAGGAGAAACCUCAGAGCUUUGUGAAAUGUCUUCCUCCGCCACUCAUCAGUGAAUUCUUAUGUGUGGCGUCAACUAUCACGAGACAUCUCGGGUUGGGUUUGAAGGCUGCUCAGCUCAGCUUGUUUCUACAGACUCUUUGCUCUGUGCUGAAGCAUCGUGCGACUGCUCUCCAUGUAAGCAAACAGGCAGACCGGCUCACGCUCCAGCCACAGCCUCUGUCCUGCACCGAAGCCCUCGCUCUGCUUCACUGCUGGGCCUCCUCGUCCCACAAUACAGAACUUCUUACCCAAAUACAAGCCUUGUCAGAAAAGCACAAAGUGAAGGAGGUGAUGGGGAUGAGAAAGGAUAAGGCCCGAGUUAAGAGCUCCCUUUCCCACGUCUAUGUGCGAAAAGAAAAGUUGGCAGAAGACACAGAGACCGAAAAUGAAGAUAAGAGUCUUCUGACAGAGUGUAAACUUUACCUCACCAAUAUCUUUGUUCACUGGGAGCCUGCUUUCCAACUCUGUGAACCCCAGCCAGCUCUGCCAACAGACAAGCUGGAUCCCAGCUGGCUGGCCAGGAUUACUGCGCACCUGGUUACAAAGUGGUCCCUGAGGUGCUUGGUGGAGGACACGUAUGAUGAAAACAGGGCAAAAGAAUUCUUGCUCUGGCUUGAAAAGGCUGUGAUCAAACACACAAAAAUUGUGGAUGUUGUACUGCUUGAUCUUGGCUUGAAAGCGGACCUCCUUCGGCUCUACCAUCAGGCCUUUGAAGCUCACUGUCACUCCAGCAUUUCAGCAAGAGCAGAAACCUUACAGCUUUUCACCAAGAUUAUGAUCUCCUUGCUAGAGAUCCAAGGCAACCUUCCAGAGCUGCAUCAGGCAGUUGUCUCUGCUUGCAUCCCAGAGGCCACACAUGAUCAGACUAGACUUGAAGCAGGGUUGUCUCUGCUGUCACUGUACAUCCAUGAGGUGUGGAGUGGAGCCACAUCGGCUGAUCUCUUCCUGUCUCAUGUCAGUUUGGUGACCGGAGCCAAGUGCAAGAAAGUGAAAUCAUCCCAAAAGAAAGUAGACAUAAGAGCCAUCUGUAAUGACAUCAUCACCAUGAAGAGUUGAAUAUAUAAAUUAUAUGUGAACACUUAAUGUGUUCUUUAAAAUAGACCAAAUGAGACGUCACAUACUUCUGUUCAGCUGCAUUUAUUUCCUGUAAAUAGACUUAAAAUAUUUUGUAAACUUUUGUAAAACCGUCUUGUCAUAAAAUGUUGAUUUACAAA